AUUUAGCUUGUUUGUGAUUUCCAGUUUUCGACAACUAAAUACUACCACCGGUUAUACGACUGCGGAGGUGGGGCUAAUAAAUUCAUCAUCCUCGCUCCCUCGUGGUUGCGGAAACAGUUCAAUGGUGGUUAACCUCGUACACGUUGCUGUACACAGAAAAGGGGGCGGUGAAUACAUAACCCCUUCAUUUUUCUUUAGGUACUUCACUUCCUUUUCUAGACACAAUUCUUAACAUGGCUGCUCUUUCAGCCUGGUUUUGGAACGAAAAAUUCUGGCUUCCUCAUAAUGUGACCUGGGCGGACUUCGCGGACCCAGCGCCCGGGGUGGAGUAUCCUAAAGCCGGACACUUGCUCACAGCUUUGCCCCUGGCCCUGGGGAUAUUCGCUGUCAGGAUAUUAUUCGAAAGGUUUAUAGCAGGUCCAUGUGCGUACAUCCUUCAUAUCCACGCCGAGGUGAGCCGGAAAGCGCAGCAGAACCCUGUCUUGGAGAAAGUGUUUACAUGUGUCACAAAGUGCCCAGACUCCCGGCAGCUCAAUGGGCUGGCCAAGCAGCUGGACUGGGAAGUGCGGAAGCUCCAGCGAUGGUUUCGGCACCGGCGAAACCAGGACAAGCCCACCACGCGGACCAAGUUCUGCGAGAGCAUGUGGAGGUUUACAUUUUAUCUGUGCAUAUUUACCUAUGGGUUCUGCUUUCUGUGGCAGUCUCCCUGGAUGUGGGACACACGACAAUGCUGGUACAAUUACCCCUAUCAGGUCCUCACACCUGGCUUAUAUCACUACUAUGUGACAGAGCUGGCCUUCUACUGGUCGCUUAUGUUCUCCCAGUUUACAGACAUCAAGAGAAAGGACUUCCUCAUCAUGUUCGUGCAUCAUCUGGCCACUGUGAGCCUGAUAAGCUUCUCAUAUGUAAUCAACAUGGCACGAGUGGGAACCCUGAUCUUGUGCGUGCACGAUGCCUCUGACUUCCUCUUGGAGGCCGCAAAGUUAGCAAACUAUGCCAAAUAUCAGCGCCUGUGCGACUUCCUGUUUGUGAUGUUUGGAGCAGCCUUCAUCGGAACAAGGCUGAUCAUUUAUCCUUUCUGGAUCCUGAACAGUACUAUGUUUGAAAGCUGGGAGCUGGUGGGGCCGUUCCCCUCCUGGUGGCUCUUCAACUCCCUGCUACUGGUGCUGCAGGUACUGCACAUCAUCUGGUCCUACCUCAUCGCCCGCAUUGCCUUCAAAGCCCUGAUGCGAGGAAAGGUGUCCAAAGAUGUUCGUAGCGACAUUGAAAGCAGCUCAGAGGAAGAAACUGUAAAGACCUACAGCCAUGCUGCUUCUGCAAAACGAGAGAACGGCACCAACGGCCAUUUUGGCUCCAAGCCCUGGACCCAGAACGACAAUAGCGGGUGACCUGUAAAGGUCGUCUUAGGCAUUCACAGAACUGUCAAUACCACGGCAUUGUAAUUGGACUUUGCUUCAUCUAUUUCCCCACUGAACCAUAAAGAUCUAUUAUGGGAUGCCUGAGACCACAUGCAUGUACCCCAUUUUUACUACACACACUGAGCUGACAUUGUGAUGAAUGUUCUGUUGAGAUGGUAGAUGCUGAUGCCUAAUUUUGUGAAAUGCACGAAAAAGGACAAAUGUGAGAUUAAAUGGGUAAUUUUUGCAUUCCUUGGUUUCAGAAGCAAAAGUGUGCUCACCAACUUCCUAAAGCUUCACGUUUUACUGAAGUCAAGGAAGAAGUCCUUUCCCACUGUUAUUGACUCUGAUGUACUUGAUUUUUAUACAUAUUUCCCUAUUCAGUUACUGAUGUUUGUUUCCAUGCCUUUUUUUUUUUUUUUUUUUUUCAAUUUCCUUCAUUUUUAGAAACCAAAUAAGUUUAUUAAAAUAUGAUUUGAUCACGUUGA